GGUUUUAGCGUCGCUUUUGUUUGCAUUGAGUGUAACGUAACGGACAUCGAGUGGAGACCACCUCUUGUCGCUGUGUUUGAGUGCACCUCUGAGCACAUCCACAGACAAUCGCCACCAAAAUGCUGGAAAUGUCUGAAUUGUCUGAUUGCGGCUCAUCUGCCAGUCGUCACGAGAAGAGUUUAGGUCUUCUGACCACUCGUUUCGUGAGUCUAUUACAAGACGCGAAGGACGGCGUUCUGGACCUCAAAAUGGCGGCCGACACGUUAGCCGUGCGUCAGAAGCGCCGCAUUUACGACAUCACGAAUGUCUUGGAGGGCAUCGGACUCAUCGAGAAGAAGUCGAAGAACUCGAUCCAGUGGUUGGGCGCCGGCCCGGGAUGUAACACACGGGAGAUCACCGACAAGUUGUUGGCUCUGAAGGAGGAGUUGGUUGAGUUGGACAACAAAGAGAUGGAAUUAGACCAACACUUCUCUUGGGCUAAACAAUCCAUUCAUAACAUUACUGACGACUCGUUCAACAAACGGAUGGCAUAUCUCAGACACGAAGACAUCAAUAACACGUUUGCCGGACAAAUGCUUUUGAUAAUCCAGGCGCCGGUUGGCACUCAACUGGAGGUCCCCCUCCCGGAGCCCGACAAUGGGGACGAACUGAUCACUCCUGACGAAGACGCCAAACCGGCGAAGAGAAGGAGAUAUCAAAUCCAUUUGAAGUCCAGAAGCGGACCAAUUAAUGUGGUUUUGGUGAACAAGAGUGAGGACACGAGCGAAACGGAAGUGAUUCAAGUGUUGAAUAACGAAACCAAUGAAGUGAUGUCAAGCAUUGACAGCAUUUCCAUCGAUUCCAUUAGUCCUGAAAAGAGUCCGAAGAAGUGUUUUACUGAAAUAAAACAGUCGACCAAACAAAGUGUUGAUGACUCGGAGGGCUCUUCGGCUCACUCACACGGCACCAGAGCCUCCACCAGAGCUGCUGUCAAACCAAUGGAACCGUUGGCUAGAAAGCAGGCUAAAAGACCUGCUGUCAAGUCAAGCAAAGAACCGGUGAAAUCAAGCGCUACCAGUGGUGAUGAGUCGCCAACACCAGACCCAUCGCCCACACCUCCUUUGAGACAAUUAUCUCCGCGUAAAGCCGCUCAACAGCACCUCUUUGUCACCACAACUCGUUCUCAGACACAGAAAGCCGUUCCCGUCGCUGACGGCUCUAAAGGUACAAAAGGGUCGGCAAUUCAGACCAAAGAGCGAUCCAAUCGUAUGACAAAACCGUUGACUAAAUCUGUGGAACUGGAUGUGACUGAAGAGCCGGACAAAUGUGACAAUAUUUGCGAUUCUACUAAAACUCGCGUUCCUUUGGCACAAAAACAAGUGAUGGAUAUCGACGAGUCGGUCACACCAGACGUAUUCGCACCACUCCUUAGACUAAGUCCUCCACCCAAUGGUCGCGACUAUUGUUUCAAUUUAGACGCAAAUGAAGGCAUUUGUGAUCUCUUUCUUUGAGACACCAUUCAAACAACGAAUAAACGCUAAAAUCUAUGAAAUCAUUUCAUCUCAUUGUGACACCUAUUCAUCACUUCCUUUUUGAUUGAA